GCUUGACGGAUGAGCCAUCGCUAUGAUCGCGGAAGCAUCCGCGAUCAUAGCGGAUUUGGAUAAUUUCACAGUAAAGGUGAUUAGCUGCGGCCGGCGGGAGCUUCCCUGUGGUGUGACUGUUCCGGUGAAGCCAAAUUCCAUACGACCGCACAUCGAAGACUGCGCGGCUUCCAGCUAUAUACAGUACCUUAUGCAAAACCACGGUCAGCCUGUCUAAAAUGAAGACAACGCCCGAGUUUUGCCUGAUGCAUUUGGAUCGAAGACAGGCUGCAGGAGUUGUACGUGCCAGUUGCGCCAUGGUUACCUUCAGACAGCACCAAAUAACGAUUGAUACGAAAGAGACGUUGGAUCUGCUAGGAUUGGAGAUGUCGGAUUUUCCACUGGUGAUAGCAGUGACAUCCACGCACACCCCCGAUAUCAUUUCCGACUUGAAUCUAGCGUGAAUUUUGUGAGGAACGGAGCAUCAUUCCCGUCGUCGUUGCUGCGUUGAUUAUUAAAGUUAAUCUGGAGUUCGCCUUUCCGUUUUGGAUGGUUAGACUGUUAUUUGGGCACACUCUCGCGGGUGAUAUGACCGCUACUUUGCUCAAGAGAAUGUGACAGUAAAUUAAAUUAACUCCGUUUUUACAGUGUACAUACACAUUGAUGUUUUUUUCUCGACAAUAUCUAUACUGUUUAUUUUUGUGUAUAGAUAUGCGUGGAGGUUGUAUCGGGUUGGAGAUUGUUUUUGUA